UACAAUCAGGGGCGCUGGGGUGGGGACCCUUCAAUCAGGCGCGCCGCCGGAAAGGAGAGGGCGGCUUCUGGGAUCUGGCUGGCGGACGCUUUGUCUCGCCUUCGCCACAGUAGGCUGUUCCCGUUAGUCUCAGCUGCUACUUCUUGGCUCUGUGAGGCCCAGGUGGCUCUGCAGCAGCCUCUGCCACCUGUGACCUGCGGGUAUUGGGACAUCCCUAGCUGACGCCAGGACACCCGGAAGCCGAGGAAUGGACUCUGUGGCAUUUGAGGAUGUGGCUGUGAACUUUACCCAGGAGGAAUGGGCUUUGCUAGAUUCUUCUCAGAAGAAUCUCUACCGAGAAGUGAUGCAGGAAACCUGCAGGAACCUGGCUUCUGUAGGAAACAAAUCGAAAGACCAGAAUAUUGAAGAUCACUUCGAAAAACCUGGGAAAGAUAUCAGAAAUCAUGUGGUACAGAGACUGUGUGAAAGCAAAGAAGAUAGUCAGUAUGGACAAGUUGUCAGCCAAAUUCCAAAUCUUGAUCUGAAUGAGAACAUUUCUACUGGAUUAAAACAACAUGAAUGCAGUAUUUGUGGAAAAGUCUUUGUACGUCAUUCCCUCCUUAACAGGCACAUCCUAGCUCACUCAGGAUAUAAAUCAUAUGGAGAGAAGCAAUAUAAAUGUGAACAGUGUGGGAAAUUCUUUAUUUAUGUUCGUGCUAGAAGACACAUGAUAAUGCACAGUGGAAAUAGAGCUUAUAAAUGUACGAUAUGUGGGAAAGCUUUUUAUUUUCUCAAUUCAGUUGAAAGAUAUCAGAGAACUCACACAGGAAAAAAACCCUAUAAAUGUAAACAAUGUGGUAAAGCGUUCACUGUUUCCGGUUCUUGUCUAAUACAUGAACGAACUCACACUGGAGAGAAACCCUACAAAUGUAAGGAAUGUGGGAAAACAUUCAGAUUUUCUUAUUCUUUUAAGACGCAUGAAAGGACUCACACUGGAAAAAGACCCUAUAAAUGUACCACAUGUGAUAAAGCCUUCAGCUGUUCCACUUCCCUUUGUGACCAUGGAAGCAUUCAUACUGGAGAGAGACCCUAUGAACGUAAACAAUGUGGCAAAGCCUUUAGUCAUUUGAGUUCCCUUUGUAACCAUAGAACUACUAAUACUGGAGAGAAACCCUAUGAAUGUAAACAAUGUGACCAAGCCUUCAGUUGCCUCAGUUCCCUUCACCUCCACGAAAGAAUUCAUACUGGAGAAAAACCCUAUGAAUGUAAGAGAUGCGGAAAAGCCUACACUCGUUCUGGUCACCUUACUCGCCAUGAAAGAAGUCAUGAUAUAGAGGCUGGAUGUGGUGACUCAGCCUCUAAUCCCAGCACUUUGGGAGGCCAAGGUGUGUGUAUUGCUUGAGCCCAGGAGUUCGUAACCAGCCUGGAUUAAAACAAUGUGAAACAACCUGGGCAA